UUAGGAGGUUUCUUCUCCCUCUGCUGCCAAUGCGGGAAGCUGGGGGGGGCUAUGAGUAGGGGGCCAAGGGGCCCAGUGUUGGGGGCCCCAGACCAGGCCCGGAGCCCAGCCUGGCAGCCUGUCUCGGAUCUGGGACGACCAUUUCCUCUUUCAGCCCGGGAGGCCACUCGGGUUACGUAUGAGUUCAGGACAUUAGGAACUGGGAGAAGGAGACUGCUCCCUGAAAGUGUGUCUGCUGGUCCGGGAGGCCUUCCUACAAGUCGGAGACCCUACUCUGGUGGGGACUCUACGUGAGUUAGGCCCCUACUGGACCCCCGGCUCCUCCUUGGACGCCUUGUCCUUGCUACGGGCCUUGCUGAACUCAGGGUCUUGGUCUCGAGAGGCGUCCUCUGGCCGUCGUGGGAGAAACAGAACAGAAGUUGAAGACCGAAGACUGGUGACCUGGGAGGCAGCUGCUGUCCGCCAUGUGGGCGCCCAGGCUGCGCACGCUGCAGCUGCUGCUCCUGCUGGGCGCGUCGUGGGCGCGCACGGCCGCCCCGCGCUGCACCUACACCUUCGUGCUGCCCUCGCAGAAGUUCACGGGCGCCGUGUGCUGGAGCGGGCCGGCGGCCGCGCGCCCGGCGCCGGAAGCCGCCAACGCCAGCGAAGUGGCGGCGCUGCGCGUGCGCGUGAGCCGCCACGAGGAACUGCUGCGCGAACUUCAGAGGCUGGCGACGGCCGAUGGCGCCGUGGCCGGCGAGGUGCGCGCGCUGCGCAAGGAAAGCCGCGGCUUGAGCGCGCGCCUGGGCCAGCUGCGCGCGCAGCUGCAGCACGAGGCGGGCCCGGGGGCGGGGCCCGGCCCGGGGGCGGAGCCCGCCGCUGCGCUGGCGCUGCUUGGGGAGCGCGUGCUUAACGCGUCCGCCGAGGCGCAGCGCGCCGCCGCUCGCUUUCACCAGCUGGACGUCAAGUUCCGCGAGCUGGCGCAACUUGUCAGCCAGCAGAGUGGCCUCAUCGCCCGCCUGGAGCGCCUGUGCCCGGGGGGUGCGGGCGGGCAGCAGCAGGUCUUGCCACCACCCCUGGUGCCUGUGGUUCCAGUCAGUCUGGUGGGUGGUACCAGUGAUACCAGCCGGAGGCUAAACCCAGCCCCAGAGCCCCAGAGAGACCAGACCCUGAGACAGCAGGGGCCCUUGGCCUCUCCCAUGCCCUCAGGGCACCCUGCUGUCCCUACCAAGCCAGCGGGCCCAUGGCGGGAUUGUGCAGAGGCUCGCCAGGCAGGCCAUGGACAGAGCGGAGUAUAUGAGCUGCAACUGGGCAGGCAUAUGGUGUCAGCAUGGUGCGAGCAACAGCUGGAGGGUGGAGGCUGGACUGUGAUCCAGAGGCGGCAGGAUGGCUCCGUUAACUUCUUCACUACCUGGCAACACUACAAGGUGGGCUUUGGGCAGCCUGACGGGGAAUACUGGCUGGGCCUUGAACCUGUGCAUCAGCUGACUAGCCGUGGGGACCAUGAGCUACUGGUGCUACUUGAGGACUGGGGAGGCCGUGGGGCACGUGCCCACUAUGAUGGUUUCUCCCUGGAGCCUGAAAGUGACCACUACCGCCUACGGCUUGGCCAGUACCAUGGAGAUGCUGGAGACUCUCUUUCCUGGCACAAUGACAAGCCUUUCAGCACCGUGGAUAGGGACCGAGACUCCUAUUCUGGUAACUGUGCCCUGUACCAGCGGGGAGGCUGGUGGUACCAUGCCUGUGCCCACUCCAACCUAAAUGGUGUGUGGCAUCGUGGUGGCCACUACCGUAGCCGCUACCAGGAUGGCGUCUACUGGGCCGAGUUUCGUGGUGGGGCUUACUCGCUCAAGAAGGCUGCCAUGCUGAUCCGGCCCCUGAAGCUGUGACUGUCUGUCCAUUUGUCCCCCAGGUCCCAGGGGAUGUUUGUCAGCAAGAGCCAAAGUUGUCCUGGCCACAUCUCCUUCGUAGCUUAGUGAGGACCAUGUCCCACAGACCUCUUCCUGUUGUAGAUCUGUUCCCCAGGGCCCUGAAAACAGGACCCAGGAAUCCCCCUGCCAAUAUCUCAGACCCCGAUGGCUCCUCAAGGGUACUUAGAUCUUGGUUUGAGCUCAUAUUUUAUAACAACACAAAAUAUCCACA